UUGUGAUGUCAUGAAUUCCGGCGAAAUGGAACCUCGAUUCAACGACCUUCAGAUUGAAUCUCAGGUUCAUGAGUUGCUCGAUUCUCCGGUUUGUACAAACCAGAUGUCUUCUGCAAUCUACCAGUGUCCCAACGACCACACCGAAGAGCUCAACAUUGAGAACCCUAUGAAGAAACAGUACAGUUGUCCAUACUCUGGAUCCAAGUGUAAUGUCACAGGAGAUAAUCAAAUGCUGCUUCUGCAUCUAAGGAAUGAUCACAAUGUUGAAAUGCAUGAUGGGCGUAGUUUCAGCCAUAGAUAUGUUCAUCAUAAUCCUAAACAUCUUCAUCAUGCUACUUGUAUGUUAACCCUUCUCGAUUGUUUUGGUCGACAAUUCUGCUUAUACUUCGAAGCAUUUCACCUGAGGAAGACACCAAUGUACAUAGCCUUCUUGCAGUUUAUGGGAGAUGAAGAAGAAGCAAUGAGCUUCAGCUAUAGUUUGGAGGUCGGCGGCAAUGGCAGAAAGCUGACAUGGCAAGGCGUGCCGAGGAGCAUUCGUGACAGUCACAAGACGGUUCGUGAUAGUCAAGAUGGCUUAAUCAUCACUCGCAAAUUGGCUUCGUUCUUCUGUACCGACAACAACAACACCAAGGAACUAAAGUUGAAGGUUUCAGGCCGUGUAUGGAGAGAACAGCCUAUUUCGUUAUGAAUUAGGUCACACUAUUGGACAGCUAAAGUUGUUAUAGAAUAUUUGGUAACCAAAAUAUCUUUUCUUGAUUUAAAAAUUAAAUAGCAAUUUAGAGG